AUGCUCAAGGCGGCAGUGAAGCGCUCUGCCUGCGACCAGUGCAGAGCGAAGCGGGUACGGUGCCUCCGCGCCGAAAACAGCACAGCGCCGUGCGCCCGCUGCGACCACAUCGGCGCGCGGUGCGUGACAGGCGCCCCGGGCUACCCCGGAAGACCGCCCAAACAGCGGACCGUCGAUGGCCGCCCCGCCGCGGCGAACCCUGCCGGUGUCUCCUCUACCGGCGGUGCGGGGCGGCGGCAUCGCACGUCGACAUCUUUGCGAGAGGUGAACCAUGUCGAGAUCCAUGCCCCUGCCAUGGCAGGUGAGCCCGCACCGGCCGCCGGCGCGCCUACAAAAGCGCCGCGGUACAGGGCAGACAUGCGCACGUCCUGGGACAGGUGGCUCGACGGCAUCGCAGCGUCGGACCUUGCGGGUUCCAAGCCCGUCCAGUCGAAUCCGCCGGGAAACCUAUUAGCUCAUGACGGACCACAGCCAGAUUUCUGGGGAGCGUCAGGCGACAGCGCCGCCUUCUUCGGUUCUCCUUCGAUUGAGCAAAGCUUUGCUGCGCCGGGCAAGGAUAUCCUCGCCCUGGUGGAUGUGGAUCAACUCAGCGGUCUAUCACAGCUCCGGGGGCUAUUCAGUGCAGAUGACGAGAUCGACGCGAUGCUCGACAUGGGCCGGGACUCUCAGUAG